AUGGCACCUGUCAAGCUACUUCCUCUCCUCGGAGCAACGAUUGCUGUCUUGGGCAACGCAACUCCGGGCGACGGCGCGUCGCCAGGAGGGAGCACCACGACGACGUAUUCCGUUGAGCUUGGCGCGGAGGGAGCAUGUCUUAGCGAUAUCAACGGUCUACGGGAGAAGGGCGGACUCAGCAAAUUUGUACAGCCGACCGAGGCUGGGAAGCAGCUGCCUUCACCUGAAAAUUCAGACAACAAAUGGGACGCUUUCUGUCAAGAUGUACUCCGGGCAGGCAAGCAAGGAUUGAAGGCAAGUCUGCCUUCCGACGAUGAUGGGAGCUCCAGCGCUAUGUAUGGCAUGAUGGUCAUAAGCUCAAGCAAGGUGGACUGCAGCGCUGUUGUUGACCGCUGGAAAGAUGCUUACAAGAGCUUCAGUGGGUUCCCGCCUGCACCUGAUCAAGCAUCGGGACUGUACGAUAACUCCGAUACUGUCAUGUUCACGGCUCUGUUUAACCCUUCUUCUGGAGCCACUGCAGACUGCCGGGUUGCGACCUGUACCGAAACGGUCACGACGACCGUCCCGAGCGAACAGCCGAAGAAGACGGAGAAGAAAGGCUAUGCCUUUCUCUGCGUAACUACGCCUAAUGUGUUGGCUGAGAAGGGGACUCCUCCAUUCACGAAGGAGCAGUGGGAGAAGAUUGCUUCCAUUUUUAAAGCCUCGGCGCCGGCUGUUCUACCGAGCGUAUCCUUUGUCAUCUUUGCCGCACUGAUGGGGGCUAUCCUCUAG